AUUGCAUUCAAUCUAGAGAACAAGAAUAACGAGAUGGGUACGGCGACGGAGAUAAUGGAGAGAGACGCAAUGGCUACGGUGGCUCCCUACGCUCCGGUCACUUUUCAUCGCCGUGCUCGUGUUGACUUGGAUGAUAGACUUCCUAAACCAUAUAUGCCAAGAGCCCUGCAAGCACCAGAUAGAGAGCAUCCAUAUGGAACCCCAGGCCAUAAGAAUUAUGGACUAAGUGUUCUUCAACAACAUGUCGCUUUCUUCGAUAUAGAUGAUAAUGGCAUUAUCUACCCUUGGGAGACCUACUCUGGACUGCGAAUGAUUGGUUUCAAUAUCAUUGGGUCGCUUAUCAUAGCUGCUGUAAUCAACCUGGCCCUUAGCUAUGCUACUCUUCCGGGAUGGUUACCUUCGCCGUUCUUCCCUAUAUACAUACACAACAUACACAAGUCAAAGCAUGGAAGCGACUCAAGAACAUAUGACAAUGAAGGGAGGUUUAUGCCGGUGAAUCUUGAGUUGAUAUUUAGCAAAUAUGCGAAAACCUUGCCAGAUAAAUUGAGUCUUGGAGAAUUAUGGGACAUGACAGAAGGACAACGUGACGCAUGGGACAUUUUCGGAUGGUUUGCAAGCAAAAUAGAGUGGGGACUGUUGUACUUGCUAGCGAGGGAUGAAGAAGGGUUUUUAUCAAAAGAAGCUAUUAGGCGGUGUUUCGAUGGGAGCUUGUUCGAGUACUGCGCCAAGAUCUACGUUGGUAUCAAUGAAGACAAGACAGCGUACUACUAAAGUAAUUGAUCGAGCUGCUUUAGGCUUAUAAUCGAUCCAUAUGUGUUGUUUUGUUAUGUCCAAAUAUUUAAGGUAAAAUAUAAGUUGCAGCUCUAUUAAAAAGCUUCAAUGUGGAAUAAUAGUAUGUUUUGUUGUUUUUCUUUUUGUACCAGCAGUCUCUUUUUCCAUUUAUUUCCAAUUUAAAUGCAAUUAUGCAGUGUUGUUGAG